UUGUGGAAAUUCCAGAACAAGAUCAAAUGCAGUUUAUACGAGUGCUGUGAUCGACCGUAUUUGCAUCAUGACUUAGAUGAGCUUGUCUAUGGACAACACUUAGUAUUGGACGUCGUAGAGAAUUCAGUCCGUGCUCACUGGACAAAUGAACUUACGAAGAAGCCACUGGUGAUGUCCUUCCAUGGGUUCACGGGAUCUGGCAAGAAUUAUGUUGCAGAGAUUAUUGCUAACAGUACGUUUAGAAAUGGUAUGAAGAGUAAUUUUGUCCACCACAUUGUUGCGACCUCAGAUUUUCCUGAUAAAGACAAGAUUAAUGAGUAUAAGUUGCAAUUACGUAAGCGGAUUUUGGAGGCAGUGAACAGAUGUAACAGAGCGCUGUUUAUUUUUGACGAGGCAGAUAAGCUACCUGAACAACUUCUAGAAGCUAUUAAACCAUUUCUCGACUACUACGACUCAGUUGGAGGUGUGGAUUUUAGGAAGAGCACAUUUCUGUUUCUAAGCAAUCGUGGUGGAAACCUGGUAGCAAAUGUAGCCUUGAGUCAUUACCAAGCUGGUAGUCCGCGUGAAGACCUUACCCUGAACAAUUUUGAACGAAUGUUAAUGGAAGCAGCAUAUAACGAACCAGGUGGUCUCAAGUUUUGCGAGUUAAUCUCGAAUCAUCUGAUUGACCACUUCAUACCGUUCCUUCCCUUGGAGCGUCGGCAUGUAAUCCUUUGCACGAUUUCAUAUUUAAAGUCCCAUGGAAGGUCAGAUCUAGCUAAGGAUGAUGAAUUAGUUCAUCGCAUCGUUGACUCUUUACAGUACUUUCCACGAGGACAGGAGAUUUUCUCUAGUUCUGGAUGCAAAAGAAUAGCUGCUAAAGCUGAUCUAGAGAUCAGCAAACGAAUCCCCCCUUCUGUGGCUAUUCGACACUUGAACUUUGAUGAUGAGCUUUAA